AUGGAAACAGGGCACCACAUGCUGCUGCGCAGCCACACCAAGAAGCACCAGACGCAGCAGAAGCGUCUCGUCCAGCCGUCCAAGGAGCAGUCGGCCAUGCCGUCUCAACCGAGUACCGGAAAGCUGCACACGUUCGAGCGGCUGCACGCCGAAGGGUUCGCUUAUCUGGCCGACAACUCGUACAUCCGCUCAGGUUACCGACUGCACUACUCGGCACGUGACU